CUAUAAACCACACUGAAUUAAAUUAUUUUCCUUUUUAUCUCAUCUCUUAUAUUAUAUUAUUUUUUUAUAUAUAUAUAUAUAUAUAUAUAUAUAUAUAUUCCUUUCCCCUCUUUACAUUCAAAGCAACAAAACAGAUUAAAAAAAAAAAAUUACAACGCGUAAUAGCUUACUGAUCGAGUGCUCUUUGCAAAGAAAUUAAAAAAUAUGGGGGGAAAACUCUGUGGUUCUUUCCGUAGAGUUGCAAAAUCAUUGAACAAAAUGGAGAUGAAAGUAAAUGGAGCAAUUUCAAAGAGCAGAAUUGGAAAAUUCUUCAAAUUGGAAGCUAGAAAAAGCUCUUUUACUAAAGAGUUUCGUGCUGGUACGGCGACGUUUCUUACGAUGGCUUACAUUAUUACUGUCAAUGCAAGCAUUCUGUCAGAUUCCGGGGGAACUUGCACAGUCAGAGACUGUACUUUCCCCCGGAAUCAAACGAGUGUUAGUCCAGAUUGCAUGUUCAAACAAAACGAAGGUUAUGAAAAUUGUGUUACUAAAAUGAAGAGUGAUUUUAUUGUUGGUACUGCAUUGGCUUCUAUGAUUGGUUCAUUUGCUAUGGGCUUAUUGGCGAAUCUUCCUUUGGGUUUGGCUCCAGGUAUGGGCCCAAAUGCUUAUUUAGCUUAUAAUUUAGUGGGCUUUCAUGGUUCGGGAAAUAUGUCCUAUCAAACUGUUAUGGCGAUUUUCUUCGUAGAAGGUUGUGCUUUUUUCGCUAUAGCUGUUUUUGGGCUUCGUGGGAGGAUAGCCCGGUUUAUUCCUCAGCCGGUAAGGUUGGCUUGCGCGGCUGGUAUUGGGCUUUUUAUUGCAUUUGUGGGCUUACAAGCCCAUCAAGGUGUGGGCUUAGUUGGCGCUGAUACAUCCACCUUGGUCACCCUUACUGCUUGCUCCAGUACAAAUCCGGUGACCGGAGAAUGUACUGGAGGGAAGAUGCAUAGCCCAACUUUUUGGUUAAGUUCAGUUGGGUUUAUAAUAAUGUGUUAUGGACUAAUGAAAGAGAUUAAAGGGAGUAUGAUAUAUGGUAUACUCUUUGUGACAUUGAUAUCAUGGAUUAGGAAUACUGCUGUUACAAUUUUUCCUAAUACCCCAGCUGGUAAUUCAAGCUAUGAGUACUUCAAAAAAGUGGUGGAUUUUCAUAAAAUUGAGUCAACAGCUGGAGUACUAAGUUUUAGUCAUUUUAAUAAUGGUGAAGUGUGGGUAGCUUUAUUAACAUUGUUAUACAUAGAUGUUCUAGCUACAACAGGUACAUUGUAUACAAUGGCUGAAAUUGGGGGAUUCGUGAAUGAAGAAGGAGAAUUCGAAGGAGAAUAUGUAGCAUAUAUGGUUGAUGCAGGAUCAACAAUUGUUGCAUCAACUCUAGGAGUAUCACCUGUGGCUACAUUUGUAGAAUCAUCAGCAGGGAUAAGAGAAGGUGGCAAGACAGGAAUAACGGCGAUAGUCGUUGGGUUUUAUUUCCUGCUGUCUUUGUUUUUCACACCUUUGAUUGCUAGUGUGCCACCAUGGGCUAUAGGUCCAUCAUUAGUUAUGGUUGGGGUGUUGAUGAUGAAAGUUGUCAAGGAUAUUGAUUGGGAAAAUGUUAAGCAUGCAGUACCAGCAUUUGUGACUAUGGUGCUAAUGCCUCUGACGUACUCAAUUGCCAAUGGUAUUAUUGGUGGAAUUGGGGUGUAUAUUGCUCUAAGUUUGUAUGAUAGCAUGGAGUGUUGGGCUAAGUGGUUGAUGAAAAUGAGAAAAAUGGUUGUGAAGGAGCAAAAUCAGGUGUCAGCCACUGCAGAUCAGAGCAUUGAAGUUGUUUAGCAUUUUGAUCAUUCAUUUAUGCUAUUAGUUCAUUUGGGUUGGAAGUAGUUUUUCAUUUUAGUUUCAUGUAGUGACAGUAGAUGCACAAGCCACCGUGAAAGGGAAGGUGUGAGAGAUGGACCUUUCAAGGGCGUUUGUACAUUUUUUGGUCUCUGGUAUUUAGAUAUAAUGGUGCUUUUUCUUAUCGUUGAGAAAUGUCCAAAUACCAUGUUUCUAUUAUUUCACCUUAAUCCUUACAAGCAAUUCAUGCUUCCUUUAAAUUGGUCCUCAGAAAACCAAGUUAACAAACAUGUAACUAGACUCAAAAAUGAUAGUCACAAUAUUGCAUACAGAUUCAAAACGAUAGUACAAAAUGUAUGACCCAACAAGGCAACAGCUAAAUGAUGUUCAAAAACCAUUAAUGAGAAACUGGCAUAGCUACCGUUAUGUUUCAUUCCCCUCGUAACUGCGUAGUUCUUUGGCAUCUUAGUUUUGGACUUUCAGAUUUUGCGUACAUCAAAUACAUAUUCCUGCUGAUUUGCAAGUUCAAAAAGAACCAUAUCUCCAGCACUCAAGCCAUAAGCUGCAGCAACUUCUCUCCAUCCACUAGCCAAAACGUCAUCAAAACCUGAACUGGUAUGAUGAUAUUUUUUGUAAGGAACUCUUUUAAGACAGGCCAGCUUCUUCCAUCCAGUCCUUGGAGACAAAUAGUCCACCUUUCUCUCUUUGGCUUUUUCAGUAAAGGUCUCCAGGAUUCUGGUAAUUCC